CCCAAGUCCUGACACCGUGAAACCUCUGCGAGCUGUCACCUCCUCUCCUGUGGAUUACUCCGCCUGACUUACUCCACAAAGACAAUUUAUACGAGCACGAAAAGUCACCGCUGCUCUGCCGCAAGACAAGGACGCUUCAGCAACUACCCUCUGCCCCCCCCAAGAGUACCUCCACACCCCCCAGGGACCCCGACUCAGCCCACACCAGCGCCUCAGACUUAAACUCAGCAGACAUGGAGGGUCACACGCUGAGGCUGACUCUGCUCCUCUGCGUCACCGCUGCAAUCUCCGCCUCGAGUCAGACAUGUGAUCCGAAAGAGGUUCACGGCAACCCAUGGUUCCACAUGAGGGAGAUGCUAAUUGGCUGCUGGACCAGCUUCGUCACAGAGAACAAGACAGAGGUCCACAUCCUUCACUUUAGCGCAAUGGAUUCGUCGAUGUUCACUCUGAAUAUGGAAGACGCCAAGCCAAUGCACCUCAUCCUCACGUCGGCCAACAUACUUUACGGUCUAUACAACAUCAACAAUGACGUCCACAUUUAUCUGAGCAAUAACUCAACGAUUACCAUGCACGGUAAUACUCUUCCCGGCAAUGUCCACAAGUACGACAUCCCCACUCAGGAUGAGGAGUUGGUCAAGUGGGCAAGUAAGAAGUUUGGGGGCGUGACUUCCUUCACAACGGUCCGGAAUCUGAUGUCCAUCUCGUCAACAGGAAGAACAGGAACCAAACCUGGGUCUCGUGAUUGUGUACUUAAAAGUGAAGAUGCGUCCGAGAAGCACUUCCUGAAGAUUGAAGCCGCACCUCUUGCUUCUUCGCUCACGUCUUGCUCGCCGCCGCAGCAGCAGCCGAAAAACCAAGUGGACGGGGCCGAGCUUCACAUCAUCAACAUCCCAGAGAAUACGAGCAUUAGCAAUGUAUUGCUGCGUGUUGACGAAAAGAAGAUCAGGGUGUUCCUCAGGGGACCUCAGGGAACUACGUGGAUGGUCCUCAAUGCACAGUACACCCAGUUUGGUUCCAACAAUGACAUCCUGCUGCCCAACAUCAGAAUCCCGCCCUCGCACACGCUGAACAGUGACAAUGCGAGGGAUGUGCAAAGGAAGGCUUUACAAGUUUUUAAUGUCAGCACUUUCACCAGCUACACUGAGCUCAGACCAGCGAAUUCCACAAUCUUACUGGUCCUUGUGAAAAACGACGCCCCGGCAGGUGAGACAGUGGAAGUUGCAGAAUCAACACUAGAACCAAUCAACCCAAUCGCAACCACUGCUCCUCACCAGAUGCCUCUGCUGAUGCAGCUGUACACCUCCCUAGAUUACCAAACUCCCCUAGACGGCAACACCAGGGUACAGAGCGACAAGAGGAUUUAUGCAGAGAUUUCAGGUCACACUUUUGGGAACAUGGUCUUGACCAUCAAGGUGAUGAGCUGCCUCGUGUACUCUAAGGGUUCGUUCCCUGUAGUAAAGGAACUGCCCUUCAUCCCGGAGUUCUGCUCCUCGAAAUCCUGCCCCAACAGCACUCGACUCAGCUUCUCAUUAGAUCAACUCGAAGAGCUGACGUCCACCACGUGGGACCUGGAGUGCUCCGUCAAACUGUGCCACAGUGAGACCUGUGGAGAAGGAGGAAAAGUGAAGGUGGAGGUUACCAAGCCGUGUCUGCAACCACCAACCCCACCGUGCUUUGAUUUCGGUCUACCUGGUGUCCUGGGCAUUGCAUUCGGAGGGUUCCUGAUUGGAGUAUUACUUAUUGGAGCACUGUGGUUCAUCAAAAUUAAAACAGGAUACCCAACUGGACUAGACAUGAGCACAACUGCAGCAAGUCUUCCAGGAUGCCCCUGCUCAGGAGCCAAACGACAACCAGUUUCCAACAACCCUUCCCCCUCUGAGAACAGCAGCGCUAACGCUAGCAUCGGAAGCACCCAAAGCACGCCGACCAGCAGCAUGGCAUGAGAUUAUGCUAAUCUGCACCACCAGCAGGGCCGCCAUCUCCCCUCAAAUUCACCUAAAUGGGUUUUGUGCUUUUGUUUUCUUCAAUAAUGCUUGAGAAGCAUUCAUCCCCUAUCCUGCCCUCUCUUUAAAUACACGUAAAUAAAUUUUAAAAAAGCACAACCCACAGGGCCGAGGUGACAGAUAAACAGAAGUCUAAUCUGUGGCCUCUGACGCUCACCUCUGUAGCUUCUCUGUCAAGCUCCUGGACAGGAAGUUAAAGAGGGCAAGAGAGAGGAAAAAAGGCUCCAAGCAACAGGAAAAACAAACCACAUCCCCCAAGAGCUAACAGGAAAUUCACUGCAUUCCUUUCAGUGAAUUGUGCUUGUGUGACGGCAGCACAAUAAUAGUCAGACAGGAGACAAACCAGUCAAAAGAAUCGACUUUGAAAAACAGAUGAAAAGCUGUUUUUGCGUUCAGAUCUAAGCCACCAAAAAAAAUACAAAGGGCUUUAGUUAGGUCAGUCCAAAAAGUUAUCAACAACACCUCGGGGGACUGAGAAGCUCGACGUGUUCGGAUCUCUCGGCCAAUUAAAUGCUCACUUUUAGGGGUAUUUGUCCUAAUUGGAGUUCGAGGUGAAGAGUUACCAGCUACCUCCUAUUGCUAAGAAGUCCGGGGCUAGGUUUAAACUUACCACUGGAUUUCUCUGGUGAACUGAAUCUUACUCUCUGCCUUUUUCAUGUUGUUAUUUUUCUAUUUAACUUUAUAGCAGACCCGCUGGGUCCUUUGUAGCUCAAAAACAAAAAGUUAUGGUGCCAUUUUCAUGCUAUGCAAUAGCAGUCUCGGGGGCGUCCAUGUAGAAAUAGUAACCACAUAGCUUUUUUUGGAAAGCUGGAGGAACAUUCUUGAUUCUCUAAUCACCCAACAAAACCAAUCUAAAAUCUUGUUUAUGGCCAAAAGGUAGCGAUAAACCAUUAGGAAAAGGAGCUUUGAAAUGAUCCCUCAUGUAAUGUGCAGUAUGGAGAUGUAUGGCUGUAUUCAGAGCUGAGUAAUGUGCCCUUAAGGAGGAGUUAGCACAUCAGUUUUCAGGUUUAUAUGUGGACUCAUGCAGCUGCACACACUGGGUGGAGUUUCCCUAAAAUAGUCUGUCUGGAGGUUGAAUUCCAGUACUUUUCCUCUGCACAUUAUCCGGUCUCGUCAGGAUCAGUCCAUCACCACUUCCUGAUGAUUUGUUGCAACCGUAAAAAAACUCAAGCCUGUGACAACACACACGUACAAAAAUAGAUGCUUUACGUGUUGCGUUUAAGUGUUUUCUGAACACCAGCCUUAACUGCCCUCUAAGGUGCAGCUGUUUAUGCUGCAUAAAGCAUCACUCUUCUGCUUAUUUAAAAAGCAAAGACUUUGACAUUAAAUGUGUUAUAAACCGUCCAACCUCCCCACUCAUGUUCAAUGUCACUGUGCCACUAAUUGCAGCUAAUGCUCUGCUCUGUCUCGCGAUCGGAGACAAGUCCGCGGAAGGGAAAAAUAAUUUUUAGACCUGUAAUGGACGUUAUUGAUCACCUCGCUUUGACCAACAAGCUCAAGUUGACACAGGCUGAAGAGUCGCCACCCCGACUCCUGGAAAAGUAUAGGUACAAACGAAGGGCUGUGAGAUUCUAUGAUUGAUUAUUUAGCAUUUCUUAUGAAUUAGGAGAAUAAAUCUGUGCAAUUUUUUUUUUCUUUCAAUAAAUAAAUUUGCCAUAUUGAGUUUAACCUUCCCCCUGCUUUUCUGUAAGCUGUAAGUUCGUCCCCAGCUCUGGAUACAGCUCAUUAGCACUCAAUGAUAUAAUCACAAGCAACAAUAGUAUAAAACUAAAUUUUGUAUGUUCUGUUUGCAACAAUACAUAAGUCAGUAAAGAUAACCGCUCUAACCCAAUGACAACUACCUUUUAAAUUCCUGCUUUAUUUUUCAGAUAUACUGAACAUUCUUUAAUUAUAUGGAAAUAAUUAAGAAAGAUGAGUUUGAUGUUCAAAAUAUCAGCUUUUCUUGCUACAUGUGAUUGCUUACAUGCAUGAUAGCUUGCGUGAUGGGGGAAUUCCUCGAGGGCUGCAGUCUUACAGUAACGGUUGAUCCUUGAAACCCACUGUUUCUUCCACUGUGUAAUGUAUUUUGAUAUUUUUACUGCCACUCUUAGAAAAUAUUCCCAUUCACAUGUCAAACCUCUUGAUUCAGCAGGCAUCCAUUCAAGUACCAUUUACAAUACAAAAGCACCAGAAUUCUGAUGUUAAUUUUUUUUUCUUUAUAUACAUUUCAUAUACUGAUAUAGAUAUAUAUCCACAUGACAUUAUAGUUACCCACCUCCUCUUUUUUGAUUGUUUGAAUAAUUUAUUCACCUUCCAAGCUAAUCUUAAAACAUUUCAGUGUUUUCCAGACCAACGACAUUUUAGAAAUGUCUCCUCAUUGUAUGUAUCUGAGCUCAGUA